UUAACCAAGUUAACAACAUGCAACGUUUUGUGUACUCUGUGGCCUGUGUCGCCUUGCUGGGCGCCGCUUUGAUUGCAGCCUUUGAUGAGAAGGAAGCCCUUGCCAAAUUCGUUGAGAAGGCCGAGCAGUGCAAGGACGAGGUGGGCGCCAGCGAUGCCGAAGUCCAAACCAUCGUCAAGCAUGAAGCGGCCAGCACCUAUGAGGGCAAAUGCCUGCGCGCUUGCAUCAUGAAGAGUUUCCAUGUGCUGGGUGAAAAUGGCAAACUAGACGUGGAAGCUGGCCGAGAGAAGGCAAAGCAAUACACAGGCAGUGAUCCGGCCAAGCUCGAAAUGGCCCUGGAGAUCGGAGAUAUCUGUGCGGCGAUACCCGUGCCCGAUGACCAUUGCGAGGCUGCUGAGAAGUACAGCCUGUGCUUCAAGUCGGAGGCCCACAAGCGUGGACUGAUCUAAAUAUAUAUACAUUUAUAUAUGUAUAUUGUAUAGACAAAGCCAGCGAUCGAAUAUGACCCCAAACGAAUUUACCAGGAUUUUGAGUAUACCUAAAUGUAAUGUUAAUGUAAGCAUAUUUUUAUAACUUCUACCCAAUUAGAGUGGGUAAAAAGGUUUAUAAUAAAGUGGAGCAAUUAUUUGUCACAGGCAAAGGGCAAAACA